CCAAAUGUCAAUUGUCAAAUGCUUGGGAAUUAUUUAUUUUUAUUUUAAAAUUUGGUUUUGGUAGCACUGAUCUGUCUUUUAUAAUUUCUAACUCAAGAUGGCUCGAGGACCUAAAAAGCAUUUGAAACGUUUAAAUGCGCCGAAAGCAUGGAUGUUGGACAAAUUGGGAGGUGUAUUUGCUCCACGUCCAUCCACCGGCCCUCACAAACUAAGGGAAUCAUUGCCUUUGGUAAUUUUCUUGAGAAAUAGGCUGAAGUAUGCCCUUACAAACAGCGAAGUAACAAAAAUUGUUAUGCAAAGAUUGAUAAAAGUCGAUGGAAAAGUUAGAACCGAUGCCAAUUAUCCAGCUGGAUUUAUGGAUGUUAUCACCAUUGAAAAAACUGGAGAAUUUUUCCGUCUUAUUUAUGAUGUAAAAGGAAGGUUUGCCAUUCACCGUAUAACAGCUGAAGAAGCUAAAUACAAACUUUGCAAAAUUAGGAGAGUCCAGACUGGACCAAAAAAUAUACCAUUCAUUGUAACACAUGAUGGACAUACACUUCGUUAUCCCGACCCCAACAUCAAAGUAAAUGACACCAUUCAAUUGGAAAUUGCCACAUCUAAAAUCCUGGACUACAUUAAGUUUGAAUCUGGUAACUUGUGUAUGAUUACUGGAGGUAGAAAUUUGGGUCGUGUUGGUACGGUAAUCAAUAGGGAACGUCAUCCAGGAUCCUUUGAUAUUGUACACAUUAAGGAUGCUAAUGGCCACGUGUUUGCUACUAGGUUACAUAAUGUAUUCAUAAUUGGUAAGGGAGCCAAAGCUUUUGUAUCUCUUCCAAGAGGAAAGGGAGUUAAGUUGUCCAUAGCUGAAGAAAGAGAUAAGAGGCUAGCAGCAAAAACCCACUAAUUGUAAUGUGUUACAUUAUUUUC